ACGGCAGAGGUCACGGAGACAAGAUGCCGUUGAAUAGCAGCAACAGCGAUGGUGAUUGCGUUGCCAAUAAAAUACAAAAUUCCGUAACUCCGCGAGAUGUUGCUCUUGUGGCGCAGCGUUUUACCGAGGACCCGUUGGUUCAAGUACUCAAGUACGACUUGGGGAAUUACUCAUCCCACAAACUGGGAUUUUUGGGGAGCCACAGACAACUGACGGUUGAAAUUAAGAGGAAGGAUGAAAGUGACGUAGAAACGCUAAAGUUAUUCGUGAAAUCGGUACCCCACGACAGCGUGAAACAGGUUGAAUUGAUCAACGACUUGAAAGUUUUUGAAGAAGAGUACAAUUUUUUCAACAACAUCGUUCCACAGUUAUUAAAACAUUAUGUAGGCGAGCAAUUUGCGCCAACGUGUUAUUUAUCGAAGCCAGACUCUCUAAUAAUGGAAGAUCUUAGACGUCAAAAUUACCAAUUGCGUGCAAACAUUUUCGACUGCUAUCAGGAGGUAAAAUCGGUGCUCUCAACUUUGGCUCGAUUUCACGCCUCUUCUAUUAUCGCCGAGGCCGAAUUAACUCAAUUGUCUAAGAAACCUGUAUCUUUGAAAGAGCACUAUCCAGAUCACUUGACAGAGAAGUUUUUCGACAAGGAUUACGGUUUGUAUGAAUGGGUUCAAAAUGGCAUGAGUAUCGUCUACCUCGUUGGUGAAAAAUUAGGCCACGAUCCUCAAAAAUUGCGCAAAGGCUUUGAGAAACUUCAGGAGACAAUUAAACCUUCAGAAGUCCACCGCAAUGUUAUUACACACAACGAUCUCUGGACGAAUAAUAUCAUGUUCGACGACAGCAAACCAACGCCGAAAUCUAUACUCGUGGACUUCCAGAUGAUAAGGUAUGGCCCUCAGGUCCUGGACGUUCUGGAGCUAUUAUAUUUUCAUACGUCUCGCGAUUUCCGUAAGACCCACGAGAAGGAGUUGGUGCAGAUUUAUCAGUCAGUGGUGGAGGAAACGGUGAAAAUGAGUAAAAUGUCAGGGAUAGCCAAGGUCUCGUCCUUACAGGAAACUGUUGCUGCGAUGGAUGAUUUGAGAAUAUUUGGGCCUGGAAUGGCUAGUGUGUACUUACCAGUGGUAUUGAUAGAUCAAAAAACAUUAAAAGACCUCACGAAAGAGUCCAUUGAUUCCAUGACAGGAGAUAGGAUUGAAUUGACUUUGGAUUUAAUGGAAAAAAAUAAGCUGUAUAAAGAUCGAAUCAAGGAAUCUGUUGACGUAUUAGCAACUAUUUGCAAUACAUUGUAAGCUGAUUGCCUUCGACUCUUGGUCCUUAAAUUAUAUCUGGGAGGAAAAAUAGUUUUUCCCGUUCUAGUUUUUAUAAACUAUUAUCUUCUUUUGCACGGCUGCCAACCAGGAAUGAGAGUCAUAAUUUUCCCACUACAGGGACCAUCGCAACAUCUUGUUGACAUUGAAAUUAUUGUGAUCACACGUCAUAUAAGUAUUUGAGAUUGAGAAAUUUUUUACAUUUUUUAUUUAAAAGUAAUUAUUUUGUAUGUAUACUUAUUACUAUGUUUUCACUGUUUUUGUGCACGCGUCCAUACGAAAAUCACUAUAUAUGUAAUGACAGAUGUACACACCUGUAUGAAAUAUCCCAUAAUAUACUUAAUGUGAUUGUCCAAAGUCCCCGAA